GUCGUCACUUCCCUUCUUCCUGUGCGCCAUGUUUUUCAGCUUGAGUAUGGCGAUGUUUCACUGAGCUGCGAACAAAAGAGGCGAAAAUCUCCCCAUCCAGCUCCGCCUUGCAUCCCGCGAGGCGGCCCAGCGAGGCGGGGACGCGACAGAGCGCCAGGCUGGAGCUCUGCGCUGGAGAUGCGGCUUCUCUCCUCAGCCCUGCGCGCCCUCCACUGACGCCGGAAGAAAACAGAGCGCAGCCGCUGCUGAGCGCCUUCUGCCCGGGACGCUGAAGGCUUUGUGACCCCUGGUUCAUAUCAGCACCACUAUAGAGAUCAUCGACUUGAACCAAGAAAAUGUUUCAAGUACCGGUGAAAGACUUGGAGAAAGUCAGAAGGUCGAGAAAACGAGUGAAAAGCAUCCUGUGUGACCUUGCUUUAGAGGACUGUCAAGACCUAGUAAAGAAAUUUAAACCUUUUGAUGCGGGGGAGCACAGUUUCAACAACACAGAGUGGCUUGAUUUCACAGAUGGCAGUCUUGGGAAAAGAAAGAAAAAGUGGCGAUAUCGCACUAAGGCCUUGUGCUGCAGCUUGUGUUGGUUUUCUACACGGUCCUUUAACGCCUUCAAAAAUCAUGUGCAUCGGUGUCAUGAGGAGGAGAGAGAUCUUGCCUGCCUGGCAGGCUGCCCCAAAUGCACUUUCAUCAGCCACCCUAAGGUCACAGAGCAGCACAUGAGGAUUUUCCACUCUGUGCCUCCAAAACCUCAGGCUGGUCCAUCGGCCACGUUCACCCCAUCCACCCUGGUCCAGCCUGUGCAGACUUUCAGUCAUCCAGCAAAUACAGUGGCCCUGACUGCAGCCGUAACGGCGGCGGUCUCAGCCACUGACGCGAUUGGAGACAGGUAUACCUGUCUAAACUGCGGCUACCAUGACUCUUUACUUUACGUGAUGAAGAAACACGUUUUGGUAAACCACUCGGCUACGCUGCUGAACCGCUACUUCGGCCACAGGGUAGAAAAUUUACAAAGGGCGUUUGGUUCGACGAAGAAGGCCUUCCUUACGGCUCCCAAGUAUUUUUGCAAGGAGUGUAAAUUACCUGCAGAGACCAUUGAGCAUCUACUGUACCAUAUCUUAAGCUCGGAAAAGCAUAUUGAUCUGCUAUGGCACAUCAUGCCGUUCAUCCGGGAGAAGUAUAUCCCGAGUCAGAAAUACAGUGAACAGCAGAAGUUCCUGGUGCCAAAAGGCGCGCAGCAGCCAGUUAUGGUGACGAGACCCGAUUUCAUGCAGCAGACCAACGCUGUGAAAGGAAACGCUGUGCCAAAAUCUAACGGCACCAUGCUUCUUGCAGGGCCAGCCAACACAACUCUUUUGUGUCCUUCAGCAAGACCAGUCAUUCUCUCAUCGCAGCCUUCAGCUUUAGUACCUGGCACUAGUGUGAGUGCCCUUCAAAGCACCCAUCAGCAGGCCUCUGCUGUUGUUAACUCCAUAAACAAUCAGGUACCUGUGACCAUGGGGAUAUCCAGCCUCUCUUCAGCUCAAGCGGCACAGCAAAUGCUUCUCUCACAAGGGGUUCAGGUCAAUCUUCCGGGGAAAAUGGGUGUACGUCCUUCUAUGAUGGUGAAUCAGAGAAUGCAGGUUAAUCAGCCCACUUCCAGGCAGUCCCUUAUGGCUUCUCAGUCGGUCCGACUGAUUCCCACAGGAAACAAAGUCAACGGAGUCCCAACAUACACGCUGGCACCUGCUGUUCCAGUCGGGUCAGUACAACCAAAUCCUAGUCAGGUAGUCAAAAGCACACCAGUGGUGUUGAGCCAGAAUGGCUCUCCAACUGGCACGCCCUCUGAGAGCAGUCUGCCCGACGUGUUUAUUGUGCCUACCAAGGCAUCAUCUUCGGGCAACAAGCAGACUAUGCGUAAAGUGAGUAAACCAAAUGAGUUGGCAGUCCUUGCUCCAUUCCUCAAGAUACAGAGCAACCAUACGGUCAAAUGCCUACGGUGCAACGUCUUGUUGACGGAGCAGUGGAUCUUUCAGCACUUGUUGCACGGCUUGAAGUGUCUCUUCUGUCCCCUGAUGUUCUACUCCUUCAAGCAAAUCAUGGAGCACACCAACAAGGAACACAACUUGAAAGUAAAGAAGAACAGAGAUUUCAUCAAGAUGGAGUACCAUCUGAACUGUGACGAUGAGGGCCACCUGCUGUUUGCUGCCUUCAACUUAAACACGGAUGUGCCCAAAGACUUGCUGGACAACCGGGAGCUCAACCUUGUGCUGAUCACCAGCACUCUAGAGAAAAUCUACAUAAAGAUGUAUCCACACUCUGCAAGGGCAGUGUACCCGCCCACACAGAAGUCUGCGCCCACCGACUGCCCGUUUUGCAGGGUGAAGCUUCGAAGCGCAGAGGAUUACGAAGGACAUUUAAAGACCAUGCACCAUAUUGUGCCCACCAUCCACGCCAUAUUAAAGUCCCCUGCUUUUAAGUGCAUUUAUUGCUUUGGAGUAUAUUCCGAGAAGUCCACCCCCAAGACCAUUUCAAUCCAUGUGCAGCGUUGUCGUUGUGCUCCCAAGAACGUCAAGGAAAUGGAGAGGCAGCUAAAUCCUGACCCCGACCCAACUGUGUAUGUGAACGGGACUGUACAGAAUCCCAUCCAGUUUAAGGGGAGUUUUCAAGCACAGAGGGAAAAGAAGGAAACCGGCCGGCUGAAAAAAGAGGGCGCUGCGAAUGGCAGGGGACGCAAGGCAGCCAGUGCCCAAGCUGUGCUCGAGCUGGACCCAACAGGCAUGGAGAUGAAAUCUUUCGAAGACAGGAAAGAGUUCCUCACAAAGUACUUCAAUCACAAACCCUACCUUUCAAAAAACGAGACUCAAGUUCUGGCGAAACGUCUGUGGAUGAACAAGCCCGACAUACUCUUUCACUUCAGCACCAGGCGCACCAGAUGCAUGAAAGCCAUCCAAAAGAAGAAGACUGCGGUACUACUUGGGUUCAACAUGAUCGAGGUGAACAAGGUUAAACACGACCUUCUCAUUCCAGAGGUGGCGCCGCCUGCGAAACCCGAAGUCGACGAGUAACAAGAAAUACUUCUUGUUCUUCUGGAAGCAUGUUCUAGCUAUAAACCCUUGAAACAACAUUUUUCAUUUUAAGAUAAACAGCUAACGUUAGGAGUGUCAAAAGUUCGUUCGGGACAAGUGCAUCUACAGCUUGUUUUCCAUGAUCUAGCACAUUCAUUUGUCAAGUCAGAAAGGCCUUGAUUAGCUGAUAAGUUGCACAGGGUGUUAUAGAGCAAGAAAAAUGCUAAAACUUCAAGGACAUGGACUACUUGAGUUGGAAUUUGACACCCCCCAAGUUACGUGUUGACAGAGUGAUCCUGCGUGUCUGUGUUGUCUUCGAGAGCAAGCAAGGAAAUACAGAAAAGUCAUUGUUUGGGUACCUUUUAUGAUAUUCCUUAAGCCAGUUUGUAAAUAGUUUGCACCUCUAUAAUGUUAAAGUAAUUUUUUUACAUAGCUAGCUAUCCCGUUUAAACAAACCUACUGUAUGGAUUUUUUUUUGUACAUUUUUAUGUUUAAAUGUUCUUUUUUUUGGGAGGGGGGGGCUUGAAUGCAUUUGGCAGGUCUGCGGUGAAAUAGUUCUAUUGGAUGAAAGCAUAUAAGUUUACCUUUUAGUACCCUCAGAGUCAAGCGUACGGAGCUGUAUACUAAUUGGCAGAUUAAUUUGCAUUUUAAUAUAGUUAAUGUUCUAUUAAAAGACACUUUGGGAUUGUUUUUGUUUCCUAUUCUGAAUACAGUUGUGUGUGAGUGUGUGUAAUGGGUUCUACAGUUGAUGAGUAAGGUAUGCACCAGUCGUUCGUGGGAUACAGUGGGUAAGGCACAGUCAAAAUGCUUGGAAUAAUCAAUGCUGUUGAAGAGUGUAUUGUAACAUUUAAAUGUAUUUUAUUUCAUAUGAAACAAUAUUUAUCUACUAAAGUGGUUCACCAAUG